AUGGAGAGAAUCGAUGUUCACACCCAUUGUGUGCCACCCUCGUAUCGCGAGUAUUGCCUGCAGAGCGAAUUCGCAGGCCGAGGCCACCCAGAUGGUAUGCCCUCAAUCCCAGAAUGGAGCGCCGAAGCACACAUCGAACUAAUGAAUCAGCUAAACAUCAAGAAAUCAGUGCUGAGCAUGUCCUCCCCAGCAACCCACCUAACCCCCGGAAACGACGAAGAAGGCCGAUCCAUAACCCGCCACGCCAACAUCGACAUGUCCAAAACCUGCGCCGAUCACCCAGCCCACUUCCUCUUCUUCGCAUCUCUCCCCCUCCCAGACGUGGAAGGCUCCCUUGCAGAAAUAGACUAUGCACUAGACCAUCUUGGCGCAGUGGGGUUUCAGAUCCUGACCAAUUCGCACGGCAUCUACCCGGGCGAUCAACGCUUUAGUCGUGUGUUUGACAAAUUGAGUGAGCGAAAGACCAUCGUCUUCUUUCACCCGACUACCUGUCUUAUCCGGCAUGAUGACUCCCUCGAGAAGGUGACACCGCUCCCUGGUGUCGCGGCGCCGAUUAUGGAGUUCAUGUUCGAUUCGACCCGGGCGCUUAUGAGUUUGCUUACUUCUGGGACUGUGGACCGAUGUCCUGGGAUUACUUUCGUGGUGGGUCAUUGUGGUGCGACUUUCCCUCCGAUUAUGGAGAGGAUCGCGGAGUUCUCGUCCAUGGUUCCUGGUGCAGGGGAUGGGAUUAGUGGGGAGAAGAUCAAGCAGCUGUUGCAGACGCGUUUCUAUUUUGAUCUUGCGGGUGUGCCAUUUCCCGAUCAGAUUCAUGGUCUUCUACGGCUCGUUGAUUCGUCCAGAUUGCUGCUGGCGGAGUCUCUGGCUAAAAAAGUGGAUGAUGGAUUGCGGAGUCUAUUUGGAUCGGAAACAACGGGACGAAUUUUGUUGGAUAAUGCGCAAGAUCUGCUUGGGGAAGCCCGUGAAUAG